AUGAGGGCAUCGACGAGACUUUCACUGCUGCUGCUUGCUGCUCUCCAGCUGGGCUUAGAGGCAUUUCCAUCUUUGGUUCUUCCGACGAGGCAAGGAACUUUGAGUAGUAUUAUUGGUAAGGAACAUCAUCUCGCAGAGAAACCACACAACAGGAGUACCAAGAAGAGCUUGUUCUCCAAGAACUUCUCGCAGCUGGGCCAGCCGGGCGAUAUCACAGCUGAUUCGUCCUCGUCAUCAUCGUCAGCAUCCAUAAAGAAUCAUUGGCGGAAACCCAAGCUACAAGUUUUGCAAGUGACAAGAAAUGGUUUUCAAGAUUCCACUAUUUCUGGCAGAAACGAUGAAACAUCAUCUAUGCUACAGUAUCAGUCUAAUGGCAGCAGCCACGAUGAGAACCGGAUUACUUUCAAAACGCUAACCCUCCAAGAAUACGAAGAAAAGGAAAAACAAGAAAUGGAAUGGAUGAUCGAGACCACAUCCAAGGUGCUGGGACUAGAUGUUCUCGGCGACCCCAGCCGUCUACAAGUUGUCAGCAAUACUACUGCAGCAACCCUCAUGUCCAAAGACCUCACGCGACGUGCUUACAAACUCAUGAGAGCAUGGGCCAAACGAGACAGUGAUCAAGCCCCUCAUGUCGUUGAACUCAUCAUGAAGAGGCUCAUUUCAGAAUUUGCCAUGGGAAACCCAAACGUAUACAUUACCACCAAAACAUACAAUCUACUGUUGGACGCAUGGAGCAAUAGCUCCGACAAGGGAGCCCCAGAGCGAUCCGAAACCAUACUAGGCGAAAUGGAAAAUCAAUGCGACAAUGGAAAUGGAAAGGUCAGACCCAACGCUAGAAGCUACAAUCAUGUCAUGUCAUGCUACGCCAAUCACUGGAAAGGACGCUGCCACUCCAAAGUUCGAGACAUAUUUGAUCGAAUGAUGAACAGAAAUCAUCAAGCAGAAGAAGCACACGAAGGCGAUGACGAUGACACUGAUAGCACCACAAUUUCAGACGUACAACCCAAUCGAAAGUCCUACAAUCUCUUGCUCUAUGCGAUUGCUUGCUCCAAUUCUCUCGCUGAUGCAGGGGAACAAGCAGAAGCCGUUCUUCGCAUGAUGCAACGACAACACGCUGCUUCGGUAUACGAUGAAGAAAACACCUUGAUGAUGGUGGGGCCGGACGUUCAUUCCUACAAUCUCGUUCUCAGAGCCUGGUCCAAAACGAGACGACAAGGUCGCGACGACACGGAACACUACUGGAAACAGAAAAUGCAACAAAUAUUUCAAGAGCUUUUGGAUGACAAAGACAUUCUACCCAAUACAGACACAUUCAAUCACAUGUUGGCAGCUCAUCUCAAAUCGGCAACACCCAACAGUCUGCAGCAGUUUGAUGCGACACUCAAGCAAAUGGAAGAAAGCUACGCAGCCGGAAAUGACUUGGCAAAACCAGAUCGAGUUACUGUCAACACAGUGGUGGUGGCAUAUGCCAAGAGUGGCCUCAAGCAUGGACUCGAUAGGGCGCUGGUUAUCUCGGACAGAAUGGAAACGCAAUACAACAUUCAACCGGAUACGUUUGGCAACAAUAUUCUCAUCGAUUGCUGGAAUAAAUGUGGCCGUACUGAUGCCGCUGAGUUUGCAAUCAGCACUUUGGACAAGAUGGAGCGAAACUAUCGUGAUGGGCAGCUAGAACAAAAGCCUGAUACCGUUACGUUUUGCACUGUCAUUGAUUGCAUUGCCAAAUCAGGAGACGACGAGUCGGGCGAAAAGGCCGACAUGGUAUUGGAACGAAUGAGAGACUUGCACAAGACUUGUGGUGGGGACCCAGCCAACAAUUCAGUCUACAACUCUGCGAUCAAUGCCUGGGCGGCAUCUGACAAGAGCCGACAGGCCAUGAAUCGGGCAUUGGAAUUAUUGGCAGAGAUGGAGAAGAUGCAUUCGGUCGACGAGUUUGUUCCUGCCCCUACCACGGUAUCAUACAAUUCUGUCAUGAAGGUACUCGGUCGUGGGGGCAACAAGGGAGCCCGUCUUUGCGCAGAGAUACUUGCAAAACUGGAGCAAAACGAAUUGGAAGAAACGUCGGAUGUGAUAGCGGAUGCAUUCACGUACACAGCUUGCAUCACGGCGUUUGCGAGAUCGGACCUUCGGGACAAGGCAGAGAGAGCAUACAUGGUAUUGCAACGAAUGCUUGCCGCAUACGAAGCAGGCAACCAACGCGCCCGUCCUAACAUUCGACCUUUCAACUCUGCUUUGAACGCUUGCGCUCAUGUGGAUCCUGAAGGUGAACAAGCUUGCAAUGCGUUUGUCAUCAUGGUGGCGAUCCUCAAUCUGCUCAGUCUUAAAAAGGUCAAAGGGGUCGAGCCAAAUCACACUACCUAUGGUAUGGUGCUGAGAGCCGUUUCGAUCCUCCUUCCGCACAAGGACUCUAGGAGGAAAGAUCUAGUUGAAAGGGUGUUUCGAAAGGCCUCCAAAGAAGGUCAAGUUGGACACCUUGUCUUGAAUCAAAUGAAGUUUGCGGCAAGCUCUGAAGUAUAUCAAUCUCUUCUAGGAUGCGACAAAAACCAUAAACUGUCCGUCAAGGAUCUCCCAGCAUCUUGGACUGCCAAUGUUCAUGAAGAAUCAAAAACUCGACAACGAAAGAAUCCAAUCGACGACAACACCUCAUGA